AUGUCUUCCAGCGAGAAAGAAGGAGGCGGCGUAUCUGCGCAGAACAGAGGUUCAUGGAGUGCCUUCCUAAAAUCUAUCGCCUCGUUCUCUGGAGAUUUAUCGUCGUUGACUGCGCCUCCAUUCAUCCUAUCCUUGACUUCUCUCGUCGAAUUCUCGUCCUAUUGGGCCGAGCACCCUUCGAUAUUCGUGGCACCUGCGAAAGAGAAUGACCCCGAGAAACGAGCAUUAUUGGUGCUGAAAUGGUUCUUGAGCACAUUGAAGCAACAGUAUGCGAGUCGAAGUGAUAAGUUUGGAAAUGAGAAGAAGCCUCUGAACCCUUUCUUGGGCGAGCUCUUUUUGGGAAAAUGGGUAGACGAAGCGGGGACGACAGAGCUGGUGUCUGAGCAAGUCAGCCAUCAUCCACCUGUCACAGCCUACCAGAUUGCGAAUAAGGAGCAUGGAGUUUACCUCCAAGGGUACAAUGCGCAGAAGGCCUCCUUCUCUCGAACUAUCAAUGUCAAGCAGAUUGGACACGCUGUAUACUCUAUACCAGCCUACGGCGAAACCUACCUUAUCACCCUCCCCAACCUACAUAUCGAAGGACUUAUAUUCGGAGCACCGUUUGUUGAAUUAAACGACAAGACCUACAUUACUAGCAACACUGGUUAUACCGCCAAGAUCGACUACAGUGGCAAGGGAUGGUUGUCAGGGAAGAAGAAUAGCUUUACGGCUACAAUGUACCGGACACGGAAGGAGAAAGAUGUCCUCUAUACCGUAACUGGUCAGUGGAACAAGACUUGGGAUAUCUACGAAGGAUCCAAGAAGAGCAACGUUAUCGACACCUACGACGCCGAAGCUCUGCCUACCACACCUCUCACCAUCGCCCCAACUGAGCAACAAGACCCUCUCGAAUCUCGCAGAGCUUGGCAAAAAGUAGCAGAAGGAAUUGCAGUCGGAGACAUGGAUCUGGUGGGCGCUGAGAAGACCAAGAUCGAGGAAUCACAACGAGAACUCAGAAGACAAGAAAAAUCCGACGGCAGAUUAUGGGAACGGAGAUAUUUCUCACUGGUAGAAAACGAUUCGAUCCUGGCCAAGCUUGCACCUGCGAUUGGACUUGCUCCUGAAGAGGACAAGACAGGAGGUGUUUGGAGAUUCGAUGAGAAGAAAGCUGCGGGUCAAGCAACGAAGACAACUACAGCUGCGCCUCCAACGAGUACAGAAAAGCACUCUGAAUUGAAGUGA